AUGGCUUCCAAUUAUACAGACGAUGAAAAACCAAAUUUAAGGCCUAUUAGACGUAGUAAUGCUAAUGGUAAAAGUCUUUAUUUACAUUAUAAUCCAAAUCAAUUAUCUAAUAAAUCCUAUAUACAAGCAACAUGGAAUAAUACUAUCGAAAAACAAGAUCCAUUUGGUAUUGAACAACCUAAUGUGACAUAUUCAUUAAAUAAAAACCAACGAUGGCAAUUAUUAAAUGAUAUUCGUCAAUACAUUACGAAUCAAAGUAGUUCAUCUGAUGAUGAACUCAAUACACAAUCUGAUUCGGAACAAAAACGAAAAACAAAAAAAUCUCAACAAAAAACUUUUAAUCAACAUCAAGUGAAAUAUCGUUUAUAUGAAUAUCAUAAUACGCCACAUAACAAUAAUAAUGUGAGAAUUACGACUAAUUCAAGAAAACGUGAGAAUAAUGAUGCUGAUGUUGAAGAUAAUAAUGUAACUUAUGUUACUGUAGUUCCACCGUCACAAGAAAAAUGUUUACCUAAUAUUCGAAAAAAAUAUGGUUCAAAAAGUAAAAAAACAACAUCAAGUACUCAAAGAACAAAAUGUACUCAGAUUAAAGAACGGUUAGAUUUUUCAGAAGAUGAAAAAGAAAAUUUAUCCACGGAUGAUGAUGAAUCAAUAACAUCGUAUUAUACUUCUAUAAAACAUGACAAACUGCAAUUAAAUGAUUUCAUUCCUAUUAAAUCAACAAAGCAAUCUAAAAAUAUUUCCUCCAAAUCAAUAAAUUCUAAUACAACUGAUAAGUUUCAUUCGAAACCAUCUCAUAUUUAUUAUGAUGAUAAUCAUUCAUCAACAGAAAACAGGAAACAAAAUAAUGAAAUAGUUAAAUCAGAAACGAAAUUGUCGAAUAAUUUUAUGUCAUUAUCAUAUCGUACAAUAUUUUUACAUCGAACAGAUUUUAAAAUUGAACAUUUAUCAAAAGUUUAUGGAAAAAAUUUUAUUCAUGCUCAAUGUUAUCCAGUAAAAUAUUUAAUUUGUCUUACGGAUCGUUUAAAAUCUGUUCAACCGAAACAUUUUUCACUGAAUUGUUAUUUAAUUAUUAUUUUAACUGAUGAUGUAGAUAAUCAAGACAAUUUUUGUCAAGGACAAGUUAGUUUAAAUAUGGAUUUAAAUACAGAAACAAUUGAAAUUGAAAAUUUAUCUCAAUCAAAAGAUACAAUUUAUAAAAUCGAUGACUUAAUUAAUAAAACAAUUGAUUUUAUUACAAAAUUAUCAUUGGAUUUAUUUAAACCUAUUGAUUUAGAAAUCAAUCAAAGAAAAUAUAUUAAAGAUGACGCAGAAAGUGAAUUAAGUGAAAAUGAAUUUAUUAAUAAACAAAUUCAUCGAGUUAAAAAUUUAGAUAAAACAAUUUCACAAAAUAAAUUAAUACUUAACGAUUUAAAUAAUAAUAAUAAUAUAUCUAUUGAUGAUUAUAAUUUAAUUCGACCAAGUAUUUGCACGACUUGUUAUUGUGAUAUCAAUGAAUCAAUAUCGAUGACAGUAUUAAAAUCUUGUGGACAUGGAUUAUGUGAUCAAUGUUGGAAACAAUAUCUUGAAAAUUCAGUUAAAAAUAUUAAAGUUAUACUUUGUCCAGAAUGGAAUUGUUGUUCAAUUGUAGAUGCUGGUACGAUAUUAUCUUUGGUUAAUGUUCGUUGUAUGAAUAUAUAUGAACGUAAUAUAGAAAAAUGUCUUGUAAAUUUAUCACAUUCGUAUGUUAAAUGUCCUUCGAAAUUCUGUCCAAAUAUUGUUCAAAUAAUAAAUUCACAUAUUGAUAAUGUUCGAUGUCGUUGUGGUCAUCAAUUUUGUAUUGAUUGUAAACAAGAACCACAUUUUCCAGCAUUAUGUAGUUCUUAUCGAGCAUAUAUAAAAGAAGCAAGUCGAAAUGGAGAUUUAGUUAGUAAUAAUGAUACUUGUUUACGAGUUGAAGGUCGAAAUUGUAUAUCAUGUCAACAUUUUAUUGUAAAAGAUGGUGGUUGUAAUCAUAUGACAUGUCGAUGUGGUGUUCAAUUUUGUUGGCUUUGUUCGUGCUAUUGGAAAGAUCAUUAUAAUGCUACUCAAGAAUUUGCUUGUCCAAAACCAACGAUAGCACUUCAGAAAAUGCGUUUUGUCAAAGAACGUCAUAUAUCUGGUAAACUUUAUGAUCAUGCAAUAUUUCAUCGACACCAACGUGCUUAUCAAAAUCAAAUAAAACAAAAUGAAAAUUGUAAACGUCUUAUUGGAACAAUACCAUUAGAUAAACAAAGUCAUUUUGAUACGAUAUUGAUAAAAUCACAAAUUGAUAAACGUGAAGCACUUUUAAAACAUUGUUAUGAAAUAGUUAAAUAUAUUCAUUAUUUACAUCGUAUUUGUGAAUUUAUUGCUGUAGCUGCUGAUGGUUAUGCAAAUAAUCCCGCUGAAUUUUUCCAUAAUUUCUAUCCACUGGAAACGAUUGCUUUAAAUUUAAGUCAAAUAUUAAAAGAUGGACGAGGUUAUCAAGCAAUAGAACAAUUAAAUCAUUUACAUAAGACAAGUGAAAAAUUAAUUGAACGUUUACGUCAAUCUGUUAUACUUCGUCAAAAACGUUCAAAUGGAUAUAUGACAUCAUGA